CCUCCCCGCUCCGGCUCUCCCUCGGCAGACGGAAGCCGGGCAGGGACGGGGGAGCCGGGAAGGCUGGAGCGGCAGGAUGGGGGACUCCAAAGUGAAGGUGGCGGUGCGUGUCCGCCCCAUGAACCGGCGAGAGCUUGAUCUGCAUACAAAAUGUGUGGUGGAUGUGGAUGCAAACAAGGUUAUUCUUCACCCCGUAAACACCAACCUUUCAAAAGGAGAUGCCAGCAGAACUCACCCAAAGGUGUUUGCAUAUGAUCACUGCUUUUGGUCUAUGGAUGAAUCUGUCAAAGAAAAAUACGCAGGUCAAGAUGUUGUUUUCAAGUGCCUUGGAGAGAAUAUUCUUCAGAAUGCCUUUGAAGGCUACAACGCUUGUAUCUUUGCCUAUGGGCAAACGGGGUCUGGAAAAUCCUACACCAUGAUGGGUACUGCUGAUCAGCCUGGAUUAAUCCCUAGACUUUGCAGUGGACUCUUUGAAAGAGCACAGAAAGAAGAAAAUGAAGAGCAGAGUUUCAAAGUGGAAGUAUCCUACAUGGAGAUUUACAAUGAGAAAGUCAGAGAUCUCCUUGACCCCAAAGGAAGCCGUCAGUCAUUAAAGGUUAGAGAACACAGUGUUUAUGGCCCUUACGUAGAUGGCCUAUCCAAGCUAGCUGUUGCUAGCUACAAGGACAUCGAGUCCUUGAUGUCUGAGGGGAACAAAUCUCGGACAGUGGCUGCCACCAACAUGAAUGAGGAGAGCAGUCGGUCCCACGCAGUCUUCAAGAUCAUCCUCACCCACACCCUCUAUGAUGUGCAGUCAGGGACAUCAGGUGAGAAGGUGGGCAAGCUCAGCCUGGUGGACUUGGCAGGUAGUGAAAGGGCAACUAAAACUGGUGCUGCAGGAGACAGGCUGAAAGAAGGAAGCAACAUUAACAAAUCCCUCACAACUCUGGGGCUGGUUAUUUCUGCCCUGGCAGAUCAGGCUGCUGGCAAGAACAAGAACAAAUUUGUUCCAUAUCGUGAUUCUGUGCUCACUUGGUUACUUAAAGACAGCCUCGGGGGCAACAGCAAGACAGCCAUGGUGGCCACGGUGAGCCCGGCGGCCGACAACUACGACGAGACGCUGUCGACGCUGCGCUACGCGGACAGGGCCAAGAACAUCGUCAACCACGCCGUGGUCAACGAGGACCCCAACGCCCGCAUCAUCCGCGAGCUCCGCGAGGAGGUGGAGAAGCUGCGGGAGCAGCUCACCAAGGCUGAGGCUAUGAAAUCACCAGAAUUAAAGGAACGAUUGGAGGAAUCAGAAAAGUUGAUUCAGGAGAUGACCGUGACCUGGGAAGAAAAAUUACGAAAAACUGAGGAGAUAGCUCAGGAGCGUCAGAAACAGCUGGAAAGCCUUGGCAUAUCCCUGCAGUCCUCUGGAAUUAAAGUUGGGGAUAAUAAGUGCUUCCUGGUUAAUUUGAAUGCAGAUCCAGCUCUCAAUGAACUCCUGGUGUAUUAUUUAAAGGAGCACACGUUAAUAGGCUCAGACAACUCUCAAGAUAUCCAGCUGUGUGGAAUGGGAAUUCUUCCUGAGCACUGCAUCAUAGACAUCACCCCAGAAGGCCAAGUAAUGCUGACCCCUCAAAAAAAUACCAGGACAUUUGUAAAUGGCUCUGCUGUCGUGUGUCCCAUCCAGCUCCACCAUGGAGACAGAAUCCUGUGGGGAAACAACCAUUUCUUCAGGCUGAAUUUGCCAAAGAAGAAGAAGAAGGCAGAUCACGAGGAUGAGGAGCGGGACAGCUCCAUGAAGUGCAGCAACAGUGUGGAGCAGCUGGAUAUAGAUGGAGACAAUUCCAGUGAGGUGUCCAGUGAAAUUAACUUCAGCUAUGAAUAUGCCCAGAUGGAAGUCACCAUGAAGGCUCUUGGUAGCAAUGACCCAAUGCAGUCAAUCCUGCAAAGCCUGGAGCAGCAGCACGAGGAGGAGAAGAGGUCAGCUCUGGAGAGGCAGAGGCUGAUGUACGAGCACGAGCUGGAGCAGCUGCGGCGCCGGCUCUCUCCCGAGAAGCAGCAUUUCCGCAGCAUGGACAGGUUCUCCUUCCACUCCCCCAGUGCCCAGCAGCGCCUCAGGCAGUGGGCAGAGGAGAGGGAAGAAAUGCUGACCCACAGCCUGAGGAAGCUGCGAGAGCAGAUUGUUAAAGCCAAUUUGUACGUGAGAGAAGCCAAUUUUAUUGGAGAGGAACUGGACAAGAGGACGGAGUACAAAGUGACCCUCCAGAUCCCAGCUUCAAGCCUUAAUGCCAACAGCAAGAGAGGUGCAAUUCUCAGUGAGCCUGCAAUCCAGGUGAGGAGGAAAGGGAAAGGCAAACAGAUCUGGUCACUGGAAAAGCUGGAGAAUCGACUGGUGGAUAUGAGGGACCUCUACCAGGAGUGGAAAGACUGUGAGGAAGACAAUCCAGUGAUGAGAGCUUAUUUCAGGAGAGCUGAUCCCUUCUACGACGAGCAGGAAAACCACAGCCUUAUUGGAGUAGCCAAUGUUUUCCUUGAGUGCCUGUUCUAUGAUGUGAAGCUUCAAUAUGCUGUUCCAAUCAUCAAUCAGAAGGGAGAGGUUUCAGGUCGUCUCCACGUGGAAGUUGUUCGAGUGAGCGGGGAAAUCGAUGACAGGCUGGUGGGAGGUGAGGACAGUCCUGACUUCUCAAAUGAAAAUGACAUCCAGGAGAGAAAACUUGUCUGCAGGAUUAAAAUACUUCAAGCUACAGGUUUGCCACAGCACCUGUCCAACUUUGUGUUCUGCAAAUACACAUUUUGGGAUCAAGUGGAGCCAGUUAUUGUUGCACCUGAGGUGGAUCCUUCCCAGUCUUCCAUCAGCAAGGAGCCACGGUGCAUGGUUGUCUUCGACCACUGCAAUGAGGUUUCUGUGAAUAUUUCUGAAGACUUCAUGGAACAUCUUUAUGAUGGUGCUUUGGCCAUUGAGGUUUAUGGGCACAAGCAGAGUGGUGACCGAAAAAACCCAGCCCUGUGGGAUUUGGGAAUAAUUCAAGCCAAAACACGCAGCCUUCGGGACAGGUGGAGUGAGGUGACCCGCAAAGUGGAGCUGUGGGUUCAGAUCCUGGAGCUGAACGAGAACGGGGAGUACUGCCCCGUGGAGGUGACCCCUGCCAAGGACGUCAGCACAGGAGGCAUCUUCCAGCUCAGACAGGGGCAAUCUCGACGAAUCCAGGUUGAAGUGAAAUCUGUGCAGGAAUCUGGGACCUUGCCACUCAUGGAGGAAUCCAUAUUAUCUGUUGGUGUUGGCUGUGUUCAAAUAAAACAUGUCAAGUCACAAAAUUAUCAGGAAGAAGAGGAUGAAAUGGACAGUUAUCAGGACAGGGACUUGGAGAGGCUCCGUCGGAAGUGGCUCUGUGCCUUAACGAAGCGCCAGGAGUACCUUGAUCAGCAGCUGCAGAAACUCGUGGGGAAGCCUGAUAAAACCGAGGACGACGCGGAUCGGGAGGCUCAGCUGCUGGAGAUGAGGCUGACCCUCACAGAAGAAAGGAAUGCUGUGAUGGUUCCUUCUGCUGGCAGUGGGAUCCCUGGAGCUCCAGCAGAGUGGACUCCUGUGGCUGGUAUGGAAACUCACAUUCCUGUUAUAUUCCUUGACUUGAAUGCUGAUGACUUCAGCUCCCAGGAUAACCUGGAUGACCCAGAGGCAGGAGGCUGGGAUGCUACUCUGGUGGCAGAGGAGGAGGAGGAAUUCUUUGAGCUGCAGAUUGUGAAGCAUCAUGACAGUGAGGUGAAAGCAGAAGCCUCGUGGGACUCCACGGUCCACGACUGCAUCCAGCUCAGCAAGGGGACGGCGGCGGAGGAGAGGGUUUACCUGAUUGUCAGAGCCACUGUCCAGCUCAGCCACCCUGCAGAGAUGCAGCUGGUGCUGCGCAAGCGCAUCUGUGUCAACGUCUAUGGCAGACAGGGUUUUGCGCAGAGUUUCCUCCGAAGAAUGUCCCCCCGAAGUUCCAUCCCUGGCUGUGGUGUCACUUUUGAGAUAGUCUCAAACAUUCCAGAGGAUGCUCAAGGGGCUGAGGAGCGGGAGGCACUGGCCAGGAUGGCAGCAAACGUGGAAGAUGCAGCUUCAGCUGACUCUGAAGCCUACAUUGAGAAGUACCUGCGGAGCGUCCUGGCCGUGGAGAACAUCCUCACCCUGGACCGGCUGCGCCAGGAAGUUGCUGUAAAGGAGCAGCUGAUGGGAAAAGGAAAACUCUACCGCAGGAGCCUGAGCUCCCCCAACGUGAAUCGGCUUUCUGCAAGCCGCCAGGAUUUAGCCCCCCCUUAUAACCUGAGCAGUAACAGGAGUCCAAAGGUCCCAGCAGAGGGUCGAUGGGAGAGUCAGCAAGAUGUGUCCCAAGGUGCCACAAACUCCAGUAGAGGCAUUAGUCCAUCUCGGACCUCCCUGCCAGGCUCUGGGCAGCAGAACCACUCCCCUGAUGCAGGUAUUGGUAGCCUGGCUGCUUCCUACCUGAAUCCUGUCAAGUCCUUGGUGCCUCAGAUGCCAAAGCUGCUGAAGUCCCUGUUCCCUGUGAGAGAUGAGAAAAAGGGCAGGCAGAGCUCUCCCCUUGCACAGCAGGCUGUCCCACGAAUUAUGGUUCAGUCAGCCAGUCUGGAGGCCAGUGCUGCAAGGAUAAAACAGAUGAACCAAGAGGAAGCAGCAAAGCAGCCACUGGAAAAUCUGACACCCGAGGUGGACAAGAGUCUGGAGAAGACACCCAAAGUGCCUUUGCAGCAGCCCACAGGGGACACCCAGCCCCAGGACUGCCAGGAGGGACCCCCAAGCCCCCUGAGUGAAGCCUCCAGUGGGUAUUUUUCCCACAGUGUCUCCACAGCCACCCUCUCCGAGGCCCUGGCAGCGGGAAGUGACGCCGUGGCUCAGCCGGGAGGUCCAGCCCCUGCAGGGAGUGACUCCCCUGCUCCUGCAGUGGCUCAGGUCCCUUCUGAUGUGCAGGACAGGGCUCCUGAGAGCUCCCUGGCCACAAAGAGGGAGAAUCCCCCCACCUUCAGCCUUCCAAGUGCUCCCCCCAGGCCGAGGGACAGCCCUGAAGUGAAUGGGAAGUCUUGCACUUCUCCUUGUCCCAGCGAGCAGGGGAACGAUGCCUCUGCAGCCACUGAUGCAAAACCUCUUCUCUCUACCUCCACUCCGAAGGAGUCAAUAUCCAAACAAUCAGUGGAGUCAGCAGGACCAGCCAGGAAAAAGGAAACAUCCAGUGGGGCUUCAGAACUGGGGUUUCCCAAAGCUCAUCCCGACCAGCCCAGCGCUGCAGCCUCCCCCUUCAAAAUCCAGAAGGUGAAAACAUCGGAGCUGAGAUCCUUCACCAGCAUGCUGGGAGCAGACCCCACGAGUUCCCUGGGCACAGAAGAGCAGCAGGAAGGAGAAAAGAGCACCUCCAGCGCCCGUGGACUGAACCACAACGGGUCAGAGACUGCAGAGGAAAAACUGGAGGUGAUUUCUGACUCCGAAGAUGCCAACGAAAUUCCCGAGUGGCUGAAAGAGGGAGAAUAUGUCACAGUUGGCACCAAUAAGACGGGCAUUGUUAGGUACAUCGGGCCCACAGACUUCCAGGAAGGAACAUGGGUUGGUGUGGAGCUGGAUUUGCCUUCAGGCAAGAACGACGGCUCCAUCGGGGGGAAGCAGUAUUUCAGGUGUAACCCGGGCUAUGGAUUGCUGGUGAAGCCAGGCAGGGUGAGGAGGGCCCCGGGCCCGGCGCGGCGCCGCAGCUCCGGCCUGAGGCUGCAGGAGAACAGGAGGAGCGGGAACUUCUCCGGCUCAGCCUCCAACCUGGCCUCCCUCACAGCCCUGGCCAAGGCAGAAGGAGGAUCCACGCUGAGACUGGAGAAGAGCCAGAAGAACGCGGAGAACAGGAAAUCCUGGGCAAACUGAGAGAUCCCAGCCCAGCAAACGCCCUGGGACGCGGCCGGGGGAGCCAGCGGCUUCGGGAAGGGAAAGCAACCGUCCCAACUUCCAGUUGGUGGCAAACACUAAUGAAGGGUUUGUUCUCUCUGCUCUGGGUGAUUGACAUGAUAAUUCUUUGCCUCGUCGUGGUGCUGGAUCCUUCAUUUCCUGUCCCAAAUCCUGACGCCUCCAGGGACAACCGACGGCAGCCGGGGCCAGCGCGCGGCGCUGGGUGGGUGUAAUGAGCUCCUUCUCUUCCUCCUUUCAGAGGAAAAUUGGUCAAACCACAGAUUCCCAACAGCCACAAAAUCCUCCCCAGGCACCGGUGCUUCCCUGGAAGUGCAGGGCAGUUCCUGAAGAACCUCCCCACAGUAACAGCUCUGCUGUAAUUCCCUAAGAGCUGUGUCAGUGUCGUGUAAUCCGCCGUGAAAGGGCACGGUGGGAAUGAUUCCAGACGGGCAGAAAAGUGAAAGUAGAACUUUGUUGGAGAUAAAGAACCCCCAAAGUCCCUUUAUUUAAAGAAGCAGCAGCCUUUGGGUUAUGUGGCUGGGACCAGUGCCUGUUUGGAUCACUGCCUCAUUAUCCCACUCUCCUGUGGAAAGCAGUGUGACCUUCCCCGCUGGUUUGAUGGGAAUGGGAGAAAGCCCAUGGCCAGCUCCGUCUGAUUUUUGAUUUUUGAUCCAUUUAAUCUUUGCUCCCACCAUGACAGGAUCCCCUCUCUCACUUGCCCUAGAGUGGCAGAACCUUCUCCUUGGUUCCUCCCUGUGGGCCAAGAGGAUUUUUGCAGGGUGUCAGCACUGAAGUGCUCCCCUGUUCCCACCCAGCCUUUGGAGACGCUCAGAAUUUUGCCAAGCAGGGUGUCUCUGUCCUCGUAACAGGAUCAAUCCAGUCUAUUUAUUUUUAUUUAUUCUUUUAAAAGAUGAAAUGUUUGCGCUUUACAAUCAUCCCCCUGCACAGAGGAGCUCUCCCAGCACCAUCCCAAGCGCCGGUCCAAAGAGGAGGUGCCUCUGUCAUCCCCAGAACCAGCCUCUCUCUUGGAAAGGGAGAGGUUUGGGCUGGCUUUUAUAAAACUUGAUUUUAUUUGUGGCUGGUUUUUAGCUGCCUGUGGCACAGGGGAUGUGCCCCUGUCCGUGUGUCCACGCACGGAUCAGCCGAUGCUUGUUUUCCUGUCAGAUCCUGAAAAGCCACAGAUUUUUCUAUCCUGAGCUGUUUAUAUCUUGUUUAGUCAUCACGGGGGGAUUGGACAGCCUGAGCAAUAGAUGUUUUAGCUACGUGGGGACUAUUUAGGAUGCUAAAUUAAUGAUUAAACUUUAAUAUCUCUCCAGUCGCUGCCCGUGGGUAUCCAAGUGCCUUAAACAUCUGGUUCCGAGGUCCAAGGGAAAGCUCCAUUGGUAUCAAUGGAGAUAGGGAUGCUUAGUGAAGGAGAUAAUUAUGCUGAUUUACUGUAAUUAAUAUCAUUUAUGCAGAAGGAAUAAAAUUAAAAUAGAAACUAAUCUGUAGCAGAAAUAAGCGGGCUGGGUUCCGAUGCAGCCUGCGUAGAACUGCCAGGGGUUGUGUAUCCUUCCAGCUUGGUGUAAGUAGUUCCAGUGUUUCCUAAAUUUUCCUCAAGAAAUCUUAAUAUAAAAUGUACAGAGCAGCUUUUUAAAGAUAUUUUUAGUGUACAGUUUUCCCUCUUUUUCCCUUUGCACGAAGCUCCUGUCCAUCCAACCCACGAUGGGGGAGGAAUUUGGUAGUAAAGAAUUCUGAUGCCGAAAUCCCGGGUUUUAAAAUGAAAACCGGUUUUAUGAACACAGCCCAUACAGUGAAACUCUUCGUUCUGGGGUCUGAGGAGUCUUGCCAAUGAAAGACCACCCACUAAUUAAUUUGAUGCCUCUUACACUGCCUUGUUGGUUCUCUGAACUCCACCCUGACCGUGUUUUUAAUUGCACUUUGUUCUGAUGUGCUGCCGGAAGAAGCUGCUGUGAAGCAGCCCCUCCCCAGAGCUGUGUGUUUUUAGUCUCAGCAUUUCAGAUACUUGGAUUUAGGGAUGACUUUAAACCUCCUCCGUGUUUGCUCAGUGGCCCCUUUGGGGGAGAUGCAAAGGGAGGAACCUCCAAGUCCUUUUGAAGCCUCUUUUUCUUGUGCUGCUGUCUGGGAAUCCAGGAUUUGCCCAGGGAAAGGUGUCCAGGCUGCAGGAGAGAAGGGGAGGAGCAGAAGGAGCUGGCUUGGUGGUUCCUUGUUUCUGCUGCUGGUUUUAAACUCCUCUGGCUUGUUUGGGCUCCAGCCCUGGCCGUGGUUUGGUGUUUGCACACCUGGGACACGAGGCUGGAGGCUGAUCCCACUGAUCCAGGCUGGAUUCUCUCUCCUCCCACCCUCAGCUGUGUUGCAGAACCACAGAGAGGGGUGUGAAGGGUGCCUUGAGCAGCCCACACCUGCUGGGAUAACUAUGGGAUGUCCCUCCUCUGGGAUAACUGGUCCUGGAAGCAAAUCUGUUCCGUAGGGCUGGGAUGGUUCCAGGAAUCCGCUGGCAGGAGGAGCCCGUGGUGCCUUCGUGGAGGGAGGACCUUGCUCAGAGCUCUCUUGGUUUUCACCAAUUCCUCUAACUUUGGAAACAAAACCUCUCUUCACAUUGCACCCUAAAAUCACCCUGAUGCAGCACAAGCUCCAGAAAGCCAAAUUUGGCCAUGAGGGUGUUCCUGGAGGAUUCCCUGACUCUCUCCUGCUCCCUCACAGCUUUCCUGGGCACGUGAGGUGUUUUCUAAAGGCCUUUUUCAAAUUUUUGGCAUAGUGAGUGCUCAUUCCUCUACUCAAAGCCAUCUGUCACUUCAUCCCAGCUAAGCCGACUAACCAGAAAAGAGGCAAAAAUCAUCAUGGAGGUAAUAAUAUCUAUUUUUUACUGAUAAUAUUAGAAAAGCUCUACUCUCAGCCUAAAGGAGGAGGUGCUCUUAACUGGAACCGCCCAGCACUGAGGCUGGUCUGUGAAUAGCUAUGCAGAUUUUUCCAAGAUUUUCAUGCACUUUAUACAGGGAAGAAGAAUAUUUAAUGCAGGAGAGUGUCAUUUGUAGCGAGUGUCUCACCUCCUCUGGUGUCUCUCGGGGGUUCAGUCCUGCUGGCUGUGUCCCUGAGUUGUGGGUGGGUCUCAGAUUUCUUGGGAAAUGGUGUUGGUGGGUUGGAAAAGCUCCAUCCCCCCCCGUGUUUGCAGGGCUGGGGGUCCCUCCUCCCCAUGGGUGUCUGUGGCACCAAGCCAGCCAAGGGGGGGCUGCUCAGAGGGACUUUUUGGGCUUUUCUCAAGCCAAGCCACACCUUUUUCCUGUGCUGGGUUCAGCUCUUGAGGCGUUUUGAUCUCCAUGUCCAAAAUCAAGCCUGUUCACCCCGAGGCUUUGGCCCUUUGCUGUUCCAUGAUGUUGUUGAGUUGAGGAAAACGAACAGAAGCAAAUUCUGUGUGGUGACACCGCCGGGUCCUUGAACAGAGGGGUUUGUGGCUGGGGUGGAAGGUUCAACACCCCCGUGCUCUCCCACAAAGGCAGAGCCCCCUCAUUGCUCCCCACAGUGGUGGAACCCCACCCGAGCAGGGCCUGGGUGUUGUCCAGCCCCAUCCAUGGCGAUGCUCCCGUUGUCCCACCGCCGGUUCCUCCGGUUCUUUGCACAACAUUUCGUUUUCCCAGUGCCUUAUCCCGGGGCUGGGCAGCCUCGGGGUGCCUGGAUUUUUAGGGAAUGAGGGGGUGAGGAACACCGUGGGCUGGUCACACUUCACAACACCUCACCAGUGGGGUCACGAUCAAGUGUCUUGUUCCUCCAUGUCCCGCACCCAUCUUUGGUUUCUGCCCUCUCCACCCUUCCCAAACCGCGAUCCCGUUGGGUUCCCCGGGGGCCGCUCCCAGCUCGUGUUGGCCCUGCCAGGGUCAGACUCUGCAGGGGCUCCGUGUACUUUAAAUGAGCUGAAAUCCAAAGAGACUUUGUAAUGAGCUGUAAAGUUUUUAAUUAUUUCUGUACCAUACUAAAUGACUGUAAUAUUGUAUCAUACGUGCGAUGCCGCCUGCAGGACCUGAAUAAAAGUCUUCUUUAGA